GAACGGAAUGCCUUCGAAAUGUGUCAGUUUCACGCGCUCCUGGGACCUCGUGUUAGGUUAUGUAGAUUUGUUAUAAAUAUACGACAAAUACGACAGAAGAUGGCAAAAAGUAAAUUCGAGUACGUAAAAGGUUUUGAAUUAGGUGACAAAUGUUUGCCAGGGUGUUGGAUCGUGGUUAGAUUAGACGGCAAGUGCUUUCACAAGUUUGCAGAUACACAUGAAUUCGUCAAACCGAACGAUGAACGUGCUUUGAAACUAAUGAACCACGCUGCUUCAGUUGUCAUGAAAGAAUUCAGAGACAUCUGCCUAGCUUUCGGACAAAGUGACGAAUACAGUUUUGUUUGGAAGAAAGACACUAACAUGUACAAUAGGCGUUCUUCGAAGUUGGUUUCAACAGUGAACAGUUUGUUUACGUCUGCAUUUGUUUUCUAUUGGAGACAGUAUUUUGAAGCCGUGCAGUUAAAGUACCCACCUGCCUUCGAUGCUCGAGCUGUGUUGUAUCCAACCAAUGAAACUCUCAGGGAUUAUCUCAGCUGGAGACAAGCUGAUUUACACAUUAACAAUUUGUACAACACAGCAUUCUGGGCGCUUGUUCUUAAAAAGGGCCUUACUACUACUCAGGCCGAGCUGCGGCUGCGAGGGACCGUCGCGGCCGACAAGAACGAGCUGCUGUUCUCGGAGUUCGGGGUGAACUACAACGACGAGCCCGCCGUGUUCCGCAAGGGCACCGCGCUGCUGCGCAAGGCGGCCGGCGACGGCUACGGCCCGCGCCAGGUGGUCGUGCCCUUCCACGCGGACCUGAUCGGGGACUCCUUCUGGGCGCGGCACAGCGAGGUGCUGGCCCUCGGGGCGCCGGGGCCGUGCGACGCGGGCGACCUGGCGCGCCUGGCCGAGACGUAGCCCCUGGCGUCCUCGUGCCAGCUACCUCUCACUACAGGUAGUGCAUCACGUCUGCAGAGACAGCUGCCGAGUCAGAUAUCUCUCAUUUACUGUAUAGAUGUUCAGUAUAUUAGUAUUUGCUUCUAUCUUUGUAAUUACUUGCAUCAAUGUAUGGUCUGCCAUUUUGGCCCUCUGCUGUCUGUAAAUAUGUAACAAUAUAAAUUAAAUAAAUAUCUUAAUUUUUUCUGCAGAACAAAUUCUUGAAGAUGUGCAAAGUGAAUAAUUUAUCUUUGAUGUACACUACAAUGCCCAAAUCUGUAAUUUAGUCAUGCAAUUAGAUUUCAAAAAAAAAAUUACUACGGAAACAGUCACAUAUUUAUACUUUAUCGUUGCAGAGCCCAAGAAUGAUAAAAAAAAAAUUGUUGAUAAA